GUGACUGAGCGACAAACGUCUGGGGCGGAGCUGGGUCAAGACCUCCUCGAACCUAAAGUGAAACUUAAAAUUAGUUGGUAGACAUUUUCUCGUACUUGAUAUAGAAGCUGGAGUUUUGUUCGCCGCUGGUUUAAGGUUUAUUUGCCUGGACAGAGUGGGGAAGCCUGGUGACAUCCAUUAGGCCUAACAUGAAUUCUGUAACAACUUGAUGGAAAAAGCCUGUGGAUUUUAUAACAAAAUGGAAGAACCCUUCUCAACACAACCAAAAUAUAGGCACGGUAGAAGAGACAGCAUUCAUUUGCCCCCAUUUAUGGAUCUUCAGACUAAGAAAUGCAAGUGUCCAAUAUGUCUGGAUGUGCUCACUGAUCCAGUCACCACUCCGUGCGGACACAACUUCUGCAAGAGCUGUCUGAAAGAAUGCUGGGACAACAGUCAGGAUUACAAAUGUCUGCAUUGUAAAGAAAGAUUCAGCCAAAGACCCGAUUUAAAGAGCAACACAGUUCUUAGAGAAAUUGUGCAACUUUGUGAGAAAAACACAACAGCCCAGUUAUGCAUUAAUAGUCCAUUAUCUGAGGAGCUUCAGUGUUCCGUCUGUUUGGAUGUGUUCAGCGAUCCGGUCACCAUUCCAUGUGGACACAACUUCUGUAAGACCUGCCUGGAAUUGUUCUGGUCCAAGAGUCAGAAAUGCUUGUGCCCAUUUUGUAAAGAAACAUUCAACAAAUGUCCUGAUCUGAAGUGCAACACAGCUCUUGGCGAGAUUGUGCAACUCUUUGAGAAAAACACAGGAUACAAAAGGGAGCCGGUGACAACAGAAUAUUCACAAUCACUAGAAUUUGAUGACCAAGAGGAGACUCUGUCCAAACCUUCAGCGAUGGCUUCCUCAAGCAGUGUCCUGACAGAAAAUCUUGAGUGUUUAAUUUGUCUGGAGCUGUCCACUGAUCCCAUGAUGACCCCAUGUGGACAUAUCUUCUGUAAGGCCUGCCUGAAGGAAUGUUGGGAAAUCAGUCAUGAUAGCACAUGUCCAUGCUGUAAGGAAGAUUUCACCAAGAGAGUGGAUGUUACACACCGUGAGCAUCUGUUGCCUCAGUCUGAAAUCCUGAUGUGGCGAAGCUCUUAUCUGGAGCCUCACGAGCAUGUCUUAAACGUGAAGCAAGUCACGAUGCUUGACUUUGCGGUGGAUAUCAAUCCUAAAACAAUCCAGAAACAUAACAGAGCUCUUGAGAUGUUCUGUGGAAAGGAUCAGACGUCUGUGAUUCAGUCCUGCAGCGAGGGAGAUCACAAGACUCACAGCACAGUUCUUGUAGAAGACGAGACUAAAGAGAAAAAGGGUCAGGAGAUAAAGAUGCACAAGCUUGUGCAGCAAAUAAUUCAGGACAUGAUAGAUCAAAAAAUCAAAAACUCUGAAAUGGAAAAGAGCAAAGAACUCAAAAUUCUCAAGCCUUUGCAGCAGAUGAUCCAGGACACAAUGAAGAAAGAUCAAAAAAACAAGAACAAAGAGAAAGAGGAAGCAGACAACAUUAAGCUCUGCACUGAUCUGAAUUACUCCACUGAGAAAUAUCAGGAGGAUGCAGACCUCAUUGGGCUCUGCACUGAUCUGAAUUACACCAUUGAGAAAUGUCAGACUCAGAAGCUGAAAAUUCUCAAGCUUGUGCGGGAGAUGAUCCAGGACACAGUCAACAUGGAUCAAAAAACGGGCAAAAAAAAUGAAAAGAAAGCAGACAGCAUUGGGCUCUGUUCUGAUCUGAAUUUUUACCCGAUGGCUUGUAUCUCGUUCAACCUUUCAUGUCUGGGAUGACAGCACCUGUUUUACCUAAUAAUGGUCAAAAUGAGAAGACAAAAGAAAUGUUUGACAAACUGCUUUGGAAAUUCUUUAUUUUAUUCAUUGCAUAGAAAUUCCACACCUUGAAGUAACAGUUUUGCUCCAGUGUAUUUUAGGUGUGCGCAGAAUUAACAAAAAAAAAACUUGUUAAUAUGUGCUGAAUGAAUUCAUGAAAUGGCGAAUGGUUAAUAAAUUAACUGCAGACCGCUAUGUUUUCUAAUCCACGGAUAGCCUGUUCCAACAGCGCUGCAGGAGCUCGAGGCGCAUCUGCUUUUGAGUCAGGUUUCAAGUCCAAAUCUGCACUGAAUCAUUGUUACUAGUCAGCUGCUCAAUAACAUUUUCAUGCAUUUUUAAAAAUACAAUAAGUAAGACAAUAAUGAUGAUAAUAAUUACAACAUCUGAGCUCUUUUAAUGCAUUUAUUAUAUCACAGCGUUCCAAUAGGGAUCUGAAAAGUUUUUUUUUUGAUGUUUUGAAAGAAUUCUCUUCUGCUCGGCAAUGCUGCAUUUUUUUGUACAAUAAAAUAAAUGCAUGUCUGAUUCAUGAAGGGGGUUUAAAAAAUGGGCAAAAAAUAUUUUUCUAACAUAUUAAUUUGAAGUUAUAUAUUGCUUUAUUGGUAUAGUUCUAAGCAUAUUUACGAAAUGUUUAGUGUUGAUGAAAUAUUAUUAAAUUGUUUUUUUUUUUUUUUUUUUUUUUUUUUUUCUUCAAAAGAUAGACAAAACAGUAAAAGCACAUUUUGGCUAUUUCAUUUUUGCAAUUGUGUUAAAAAAAUGUAUGUACUUUCUAUUGAAACCACAUCAUUGUAAUAUUUGCUGGGUUAAAUAAAUUUGAAGGCUUGCA